CAUUUGGCGUGCUGACUGGAGUGUUUUUUUGACCCCUAAUCACCAUGUCAUCAAACAGACGUGUAUCAGCUAAGGUUUCAAGAAUAUUUCGGAUCUAUAUGACCCGGACCAAUGGAUGCCUAGAUAUGAGCAAACUCAGUCGUUCGAUCAGGAUACUUCAUCACCCACACAAUCCAAAGCGAUCUAGAGAUAUCAUCAUCGGUCCUAUGCAAAAUUUGUCAUUCGAUCAGGAGACUCUAUCACCCCACUCAAUUCUCUGUUAAAUUUCAGGGAAAUACGAUGACAAGGAGAUGAUCGUAAGUACGGUAAGUUUCCUUAUUUUUACCCAUUGAGAUUCUUGGUCUGAAUGGUCUGAUUACUAUAUGAAUCUCUUCGUCUGAAUGGUCUGAUCCCUCUAUGAAUUCUUCGACUGAAUGGUCUGAUAAUUUCUUCGUCUGGGAUCUGAUUCCUCUAUAAAUUCUUCGUCUAAGGUCAUCUAUAAAUCAAUUUCUAUUCUUGGUUUGUAAGGCGUGCUCAUUCCUAAUAUCUUUGAGCAAUUGACAUGUCUUCCAAAUCCAUUCAUCCUUUGCCUGACAGUUAAACAUGGUCACUGAUAGUGAGCUAUUUGCUAGGAAGAACAAAUAAAGAAAUAAACAACUACAGGAACUCAUUAAUAGUGAGUCAUUUGAAAGUGGAAAUCAUUACUUUAAGAAAGACAAAUAUACAGUUUUAGAUGCUUUAUACUCCGUAUUUCAAUUUCAUUGGGGUAUUUUAUAUUUUAUGCUAACCAUGAAGAAUUAAGGUGGCGGUACUUGCUCAAAUUUGUUGUUUUAUAUUUUUUUGGCUUAUUUGAUUUCGUUGGAUGUUCUUAUUGGCCUACCCACUAUAUGGAUAUUGGACUAAAUCUAAAAUGAAAGUAUUACUUCAAUUUUCUGAUUCUUGAGGCCAUCGUUUCCCUUCUUCCUGUGGUUUAUUUAUGUCUACAACAAAUGUUUUUAGUUUUUAAAAUCUGAGGAUCAAGUGAAGGUCAAAGUUACCCUGUAAAACAAGACUGAAACAGAAUGCUACAUCUCUAAGCUUGCAUUAUGUUAAAUAUAAGGUACUUAGUUCAACUAUUGUCAGUCAUAGCCAAUAUAUUAGCUGUUCUGGACUGAAUGUGCUUUUCCUUACAAACCAUUUCUAUAUCCUUAGUCCUUGAAACCAUUUGGUUUGCAGGACCUAUAAAGUUCAACAUCCAUAUGCACACAACUAAAGGAAAUAAAUCUCACUACUAAGGAACUUGCAUCACUCAAGUUAUAUGUCACUUUUCUUUGUGGCUAGCAAAUUGUAGCUUCCUUAGGUCCAAUUUGAUGGAAUUUAUUUUUAUCAUUUAACAUGCAGGGUAUGUGAUAUAAAUCUGGAGAAAGAUGAUGUCCUAAAGUUGGCUAUGUUAGGUAAUGAGACAAACAUAAAAGAGAUAGUUGAUGUCUUAAAACCAUCAUUACUCAUUCCUAUUCAAAAACUAACACUUUUUCUCGAAUGUACAGGCCUCAAAAUGUCUCUGUUUAGUAGUCGUUGUUCUCUUUGUGUAUUUGUUAUAUUUUGGAGUACACUAUUUGAGUAAUUUUGUACACUAUUUUCUGUAUUUUACUUCCUAAUUUUUGUUGCCACUGAUCAUAUAUGUUAUAUUUUGAAUGAAAUAGGUGACGGACUUACAUAUUCUGAUAUGCACAACUUUUUUUGAGAGCAUUGCGUGUUGAUUUUGUUCAAAGUUAUGAUCUUUCAAUGAUAAUUUUUGAAAACAAAUUGGGUUGUUUUGGGCUGAAUUUCAUGAUGUUUUGUGCUCCUAAAGCGUUGAUUUGCUUGAAAAUAAAUUCUUAUUGCUAUAUUCUGCAUUUUGAACACUUAAUUUUUUUUCAUUUGCAUGCUGAUUUAUUUCUCCAAAACAGGUUGUGUAUGUUGAUUAUAUAAGAAUUAAGUGUAGUUGUGUAAAAAAAGGAUCUAUGCUCUUUCUGAUUUUU